AGUUUGUAGGUCCCACUGGUACCAUAUGACCCACCAACUCACAUGCAUGCCCACUCCAUACAUUUCAACUCACCUUUUUUGUUAACCUUAAUAAUUCUUCCUUUUGUUAUCAAAGCUAUAUAUAUAGUAUAUCUUUGGGACAACACAUGAGAAAAAAAAAACAUCAAAGUUGAGAAAAGAGAUUAGCAUGUUAUAACUAUAAACUAGAAUAUACUUUGUUUCAUGCCAAAGUAGAUAAUUUUUUAAGCCUAUAACAAGAUUGAUUAUACACAAAUAUGGAGGUUGCUGUUGAACUUGAAGAUGAUUUGUAUUUUGCAGACUUAAGCAAGCAAAUUUCACUCUUAAUUAUGGAUGAAGAUGAAGAUCCUCUUACUUCUCAUCCUUCACACUCUCUUCAGUCUUUCUCUGGAGCAAUCCAUCCUCCUCCACAGUCAAAUUUCCUGUACGAGCAAAUGGCUUUGAGAAGACAAAGCAAAGGGACAGGUGUGUUUAUCCCACAGUCAACAACACAACCAAGAAGGAAGCACAGAAAAGGAAGAUCUUCUUCAUAUGCAAAAUGUCAAAAACAAUCUCAAGAUACAACAAGAACGGUUUCUCAAAAUUCUUUUAAACCUAUAAAUAAUGGUUGAGGAUACAUACAUGUGUUGAUCCUUCUUCAAAACAGCAUGAUUUUCUACAUCAUUAGUUACUUUGCCAAGUAUGAAUAAUUCUAUAGAUGGUUAAUUUCAAGGAUUUAUAUAUACAUAGGCCAUUAUGUACAUGGGAAUGCCAGUAUUAUUUUAUUAGUCUUAUUAUAGCAAAGGUCCCUGCAAGGUUUAUUCUGUAACACUUCACCGUGUGGGGAAGUUUUUAUCUAGUUUGAUAAGUUUUUUUUUUUUUUUUUAUUAUUAUUAUUUUUUUUAUCUAAUUGUAUUGUAAUAUAUAUGAUGAUGUAUCCACUUAAUUGUAAUAUAAGCUUAUUCCACUUAAUCUC